AUGGCCGACUCUCGGGGAAUCACAAAGGUCAUCGUCGUCGGGGGCGGUGGGACGAUCGGGUCCUCGACGGCUCUGCACCUCCUUCGAUCCGGAUAUGCCCCGUCAAACAUCACCGUGCUUGACACUUAUCCUUUUCCAUCUGCGCAGUCUGCAGGAAACGACCUCAACAAGAUCAUGGGGAUAAGGGUGCGGGACAGGGCCACUGUGCGACUUAGCUUGGAGGCGCGUGACAUGUGGAGGAAUGAUGAGCUUUUCAAGCCAUUUUUUCACAACACAGGAAGAUUGGAUUGUGAAGUGUCAGAAGAAGGAAUCGCUGGUUUACGGCGGCAAUAUCAAGCUCUGAUUGAUGCAGGGGUCGGAGAAACCCACGAAUGGUUGGACAGUGAGGACAAGAUCCUGGCGAAAGUACCACUUUUGCCAAGAGAGAACAUCAAAGGCUGGAACGCAAUUUACAGUCACGAUGGGGGCUGGCUUGCUGCGGCAAAAGCAAUCAACGCGAUCGGCGAGUUUUGCCAAAAGCAAGGCGUCAGAUUUGGUUUCGGCGGUGCCGGCUCCUUCAAACGCCCACUUUUCGAAGAUGACGGGACGACGUGUAUCGGAGUCGAGACGGAGGAUGGAACAAAGUACUACGCAGACAAGAUCGUUCUUGCUGCAGGAGCCUGGAGCCCAACAUUAGUCGACCUGGAAGAACAAUGCUGCUCAAAGGCUUGGGUCUAUGCUCAUAUACAACUAACGCCCGACGAAGCCGCCGAGUACAAGGGGGUACCAGUGGUCUAUCAUGGUGAUAUCGGCUUCUUCUUCGAACCCAACGAGUAUGGUGUCAUUAAAGUCUGUGAUGAGUUCCCCGGUUUCACCCGGUACAAGCAACACCAACCGUACGGUGCUGUUGGUCCCAAGCCAGUAUCAGUUCCUCGUUCUCAUGCGAAGCACCCGACGGAUACCUACCCUGACGCUUCUGAGAUCACCAUUCGAAAAGCUAUAGCCACGUACCUGCCACGCUUCAAGCAAAAGGAGCUCUUCAAUCGAUCCCUGUGCUGGUGCACCGAUACAGCGGACUCGUCGUUACUUAUAUGUGAGCAUCCGCGAUGGAAGAACUUUAUCCUGGCGACAGGAGAUAGCGGGCACUCUUUCAAAUUGCUACCGAAUAUUGGUAAGCAUGUUGUGGACUUGAUCGAGGGAAACUUGGCACCAGACCUGAUUGAUGCAUGGCGGUGGCGGCCAGGAUCCGGUGACGCGAGGAAGUCAACGCGCGCAGCACCCGCAAAGGAUCUGAACGCAACUUUCUCACGCGAUGUUACCUCCCUCACAGAAACUCAAGCACUGUCGAUCACGGAUGCGAGAAAUAAGGACAUCUACAUGCACCUUUACUUCCUCAAUGUUACACCAAUUGUCUUGUCGGUAAUCUGUACGCAUCUGCAUAUGCCCGCUGUCAAUCACCUGCACAUGUGGCACAACGGGCCGACGAAGACAGUGGCCGCUAUCCCCGACAAACAACUCCUCGCCUGA